AAAUGAUUAACUGUAGGCCCGCAGUGAGUUCUUAUAGUCUUGUCUGCCUUUAAAUGCUAAAUUUGUAAAGAUAGACUUAACAUUUUGAACUACUGUUAUUGUGAAAAUGAAUUCGGGGGACUGAUGCCUCUGUGUAUAUAUCCUGCGUUCACCUCAAACAGCUUUGGUCUCACUAUUCUCACCGUGUGACAGAAGCUGUGAACCGAAGCUCGACGGUGUUUCCCACAAUCCUAUUGGUCUGUCAUUGGGCUAGUAGGCAGAGAGAGACGGUGUGUGAGCGAGCUUAGAGAGGGGGAAGGAGGGGCUUUUAGACUCCACAACAAGGUUGGCGCGAGUGAGAUUGAAGAGGGAAGAGAGAAUGCGGCAGAAGGAAGGAGCAGACUGUCAGUGGCUCUGGGACAGAGGGAUACGCAACGAUUCUCUUCUCUUGUCUUUUGGCUUUUCACGGCACCUCACUUUUUGUUUCUUUUUUGUCAGGCCUCACCUCUAUGCUCUCAUUCUUUCUGUUCGACUGACUUUCCUUUUACUGAUACCGUGUCUCCCUGCAGUCUCUGUUACACUGUCCUACAUCUAGACAACUCCUUCCUCCUCACCCAUGGCUACCUGACAGUGAGCUUCUCCUUCUACCUUCUCUCUUCUUCACCCUCUUUAUUUGUCAACACCACCAUAUUUUCUCACCCUGUCCUCUGUUUCAGCCUCUGCUUUAGUUUGAUCUUUUUUGGUGCACCUGUCAUCCAUCCUUCCAUCCCUGCGUGGUAUCAGAAUGCCUGUCCUAGAGGGACUCUGGGGCCCAGAUCUCAGGAUGCGGGACACCGGUCUUGAUGUUGGGGUCUGUCCAGAGGAGCCUCCUCAUUCUCCAGUUUGGGGUCCCCUCAGGACUCCUCCUGUUACAUGUGGUGGCCUCUCGCUAGCACUGGAGCUACCAGCUCUUAUACGGCAACUCAGAGCAGCGUGGAGAGCACGUAAGGGAGGCUCUCAGGGGCCAGAGAGAAAUCAAGCAAGUCCUUGGGUGGAAUCAGGAAAGGAGCAGGAAGAAGAGAUAAAGCUGGACACAGAAAACAGGAGCGCACAUGUGGAAGCUGAUGGCAGGCUGAACACUGGUCAUGCUGGUGUGCUGCUGGCUGAGAGACGAGGCUCCUACCCGUUGAUUGAUCUGCGAAUCUUAAAAACCAGUGCCCAACAGGGGGAGGUAGAGACCGUCACCAGGAGAAAGGUGAAGCGUCUCCUGAGCUUCCAGAGAUACUGCCACGCCUCUAGGUUGCUGAGGGGGUUAGUUCCUCACACCCCCAGGUCCUUACACUUACUUGAUGAUGACUACCUGGGACAAGCUGCUCACAUGCUAUCAAAAGUAGGCACAUGGAACUUUGACAUUUUCCUCUUCGAUCGUCUUACAAACGGUAACAGCCUGGUGACUCUGAUGUGCCAUCUCUUCAAUGUCUACGAUCUCAUUCACCACUUUCAGCUGGACAUGGUCAAACUUAACAGGUUUCUUGGCAUGGUGCAGGAGGACUACCACUCCCAAAAUCCCUAUCACAAUGCUGUUCAUGCUGCUGAUGUUACUCAAGCCAUGUACUGCUACCUAAAGGAGCCCAAGCUGGCAGAGCAUCUGAGUCCUCUGGACGUAUUCCUGGGUCUGAUGGCAGCAGCUGCCCAUGACGUGGACCAUCCUGGAGUCAAUCAGCCCUUCCUCAUCAAGACCAGACACCACCUGGCAUCCCUCUACCAGAACACAUCUGUGCUGGAGAGUCACCACUGGAGAUCUACUGUGGGCAUGCUGCGAGAGUCGGGACUGCUGUCCCACCUGCCUGCUGACAUGUCGCGGGACAUUGAACAGCGGCUGGGCUCUCUCAUCCUGGCUACAGACAUAAACAGACAAAAUGAGUUCCUAAUGACCUUCAGAGAACAUCUGGACAACCAGGACCUGGAUCUUCAGCUGGCUUCACACAGACACUUUAUACUGCAGAUUGCGCUCAAGUGUGCAGAUAUCUGUAAUCCGUGUCGGGUUUGGGAGCUGAGCAGGCAGUGGAGCGAGAGGGUGUGUGAGGAAUUCUACAGACAGGGUGACCUGGAGAAGAAGUUUGACCUAGAGAUCAGUCCUCUCUGCAACCAACAGUCUGACUCUGUCCCAGCCAUUCAGAUAGGUUUUAUUUCCUACAUUGUGGAGCCCUUAUUUGAGGAGUGGCACCGCUUCACUGAGCCCAGCCUGCUCAGCCAAACAAUGCUGGAUCACCUGCACAAGAACAAAGCUAACUGGAGCAGCUUACGAUGCGCUCACACACCUUCAGACGUGCAAAGCCGCUCCCAAGCUGAGGAGCCUGAAGGAGAAGUUGGAGAGGGAUCGGACAUCCCUUAAUCUCCCUCCUGUUUCACGGGGUGUUUCAUCUUCCUUUAUAAAUGGAGGAAAGGAGUAUUUUCAACUCCCCUGUUGUGUCCUCCAGGGUGUUUGCUCCCACAGCCUUUUGUCCACGGCUCUGAAAGUGGGAGCACUGGAUGAGAGUUUGGCUUGGAUACGUGAGAAAUGGGUCCCUCUGCUGGAGCAGAGGAUUGUAGCGCUGCAGGAAUGAUGAAAAUGGAGGGAGAUUUUCACAGUUACGCAGUCAGGAUGGAUGAUCUUAGUAAAUUAAUGCAAAUUUUGACAAAGUCAUGCCUUGCUUAAUAACCUGUUGAUAAUAUGUGCUUCAAAUUAACCGAGGAAAGUGGGAACAGAAUGAAAAGUCUGGCAGAAGAGGAUGAGUGAAGACAAAUGUUAGUUUGUGAUUGUGCAAUGCUACUGGAAGAAUUUUUAAAAAGCCAAAAUUAUAUACAAAUCAGCUGGACUGUGCUGGAAUCAUGAUGUAAAAUCGAUGAAAAAAUAGGUGGAAUAUAUAAAUAUAUCAAAUAUACUAUGCUUUUUAAACAUUUAGACGGUAUAUAUUAAGCUCUUUACACUUUUUCCUCUUUUUGUACUGCUUGCACUCCUGUUGGAUGCUUUUUCAAUCAAGUGUCUCACUUGUCUACUUUUCACUGAAGUGCGUUUUUAACUAAAAGCACUAAGUUGGUAUGUCGAGGUACUGUAAAUUGUAACAUGUAUUCUGUUUUAACCUGUAAGAGUGACCCAGAUGAUAAAUACACUUUCUGACUUAUACGCACGCACACACACACAUACACAAAAGUGGCAUCAGGCGCUAGAUGCUGAACACCGACCGUCAGGUGGAUGCUUUUUUUUUGGGACUCGAGCUCACUCGCCGAACGCAAACGAGAGCCAUUUUUUAACAAAAAACAACCAGUUUGUCUUCAUGCAAUGUUACGCUGUGUAAAUACUGUGGUAUACAACCUCAGCACUUCACAUGCCAAAAUCUCAGCAAUGUGUUCAUCUACUUACAGGGUACGGUCACUCUUUGUAACAACUUUAUAGGUGCAUUUAUUUCUAACCUCACUUUAUAAGCUCAUAUACAACAAAGCCUUAACAGCAACUUGGUCUGUCUGUGAAGCAUAUUGUGUAAGGAGUUUUGUUUUUGUUUUUUGGAGAAGUUUUCUUACAGUGUAUGCCUGUUUUUCUUCAGCCAUACCAGCAUAUACUGAAACACACGCACAGUGCUGUAGCAGCUUGUUUCCUGAUUGAUCUUUCACCCGCUAUCGGGGUCAGAUUAGGUCGUACAACGGAUAAACAAGGCCAAGGUGCCCAUAUACCGUUAUGACACAUCAUCUCACUGCUUUGUUACCUCUCUCAGACUUUUGUAAUUGGUACAGUAUCCUGUCUUAGUGUAUGCCAUGAAGAGACUUGGGCCAAUUAGUAACUGCAAAUACCUCUUAAUUCUAAUUUAUUCUGCAGUGUUACAGAGAAGUAUAUGCCAUAGUUAUUAAAAAUCUAUAUGGUUUAAAUAGUGUUUAUAAUAUGUAUUAUGUCAAUGGUGAAAGUCAUCCAUAAAAAUUAAAAUGUGUGUAAAUACUGGUUGGUCCAAGUACCAAACACACUGCUGUUAAACAGUCUAUUUUUUAGCACUCUGCUCUGGUUCUAUACAGUUUGGGUUGUCACAUGUAUGCAGUGUUUACAGAUGCCCAGGUUUUCCUGAGCUACAAAGGAGCUUUACAAUUCCAUCGACCCAGCCGACACGCAGUUUAUUCUGUACACAAUGUGUUCUACAACAUAAUUAAAGCUCCAGUAAUCACAUGUUCACAGAAAGUGUAAGAUUAAUGACAUUUCGAUGAUGUCUUUUUUUUUUCUAAAGCUGCGCUAGCUGUGUUUUAAUGUGCAAUAAAGUUAAAAGUCACUGGCCGAGUUGUAUGAAAAAGGCCGUAUUCAUAUCUGUAGCUCUGGUUAUUAAUGGGUAAAUUAUUAACGUGUCUUCACUGUAGCACUCUGUUGGCUUUGCUCAGACUCGCACUGUUGUUUGGCGUGCGCUCCUAUGUCACUGUUAUCACCUGUGAAAAGGUUUAAUUACUGCAUUGGUGCACACUGGCCUGUUUGAUUGCAUGAAGUGACAGCAGAGAAAGUUUACCGACUAAUUCAGCCUCGUUUUCAUUUGUGAGUUUAGCUCCCUUUGCCGAGAGCAAACCUGUUUUUUUUUACCAUGAAUACAGAGUGAAAAACAUAUAAAUAUGCUACCUGAACAGUAUUGAAUUCUUUUUAAGUCACACGUUACUGCCAUACUGUAGACCCAGUCCAGACAGAAGGCCUCAGACUGCCUUGUAUUCGAAUACCUCUCAGAAUUAGCACUGAUACAGGGUAACUGAGCCAUACUGACUUUACUUACUAUUAUAUGUACUGUAUGUCUAUAUGCCAGAGUAAUUAUAGUAUCGAUAUUACCAUAAAUAUAUGUCACGAAAAGGAAGUCUGUGAAUUUAUAUUUUGAUUCUCUAAAAUAACAGUCACACCCAGCUGUUUUUUAUACCUUAUAUAUAGCAUAUACUUGUAGAGCAACAUGUUACAGGACGUUUUCUGUGACGUGUCCUGUGAAUCCUCUGAUUUACAUCCUCUGAGGGUAUUCCGCAAUCAGCAAUAACCGAUUAACUGUUUGCAAAUAAAAAAGAAAUAUAAUGCCGCCGCAGAUUUUAAUCUCUCCAAUAAUUGAAUGUCCUUCAUUGCGUAUAGUGCAGUAACCUAAUGAUUUCUAGAGAAAGUGAAUGCAGUGCUUAAGACUUCAAUAUAUAAGCUCCAUUCUCAGUUCUUCUAGUACUCCUCAUUCUUUAGCUUAAAGUUCCCGGUCAGUUUCUGACUGUGAAAUCUGGAUCUUUUUCUAUUGCAUGCUCUUCAUCUGCAAAAGGAGUCUUCUCAGUUUUAAUUGUUCAUAUUUCUGUGUGAGCUACCUUUUGGACGCUAAUUAUUAUUACUACAGCGCAUAAUUAUUAGCACAGCAGCUGAUUUUAACAGAAUAUUUUUUGAAUGAAACCUUUCACAUAACGCUCUCAAUAUCCUGUAUCACUAAUAGAGGGAACUGGAAAUGAAAGAGCUGUUUGCACUAUGUCUGUCAUGCAGUCUAAACAAGAGUCUCUAUAUGGAAGGGUGGGGUGUCUGAUGGGUCCUCUGACUGCUCGACUGUACAUUUGUGUUCUGACAACCACCCUCUGAGCACUGUGAACAAUAUAAUAAAAGAUUUUCAAUAACCA